GACGGCGCCCAGAGAGGGGCCCAGCCGCAGCUGCCCCUUUAGCAAUCAAGAGCAAGGCUAAGGGUGAGGAGGGGGCCUUGCUGUGCCCAAGCAGACGAGAUGCUCUGAGGCUCCGAUUAGGACCAUGAAAGGCCUGAGUGGGGACAGUCGAGGCCGCCACCUUUCAGACAGCCUGGAGCCGCCACCCCCUGAUGCCCUAUUCCCUGGCUCUGAUCGGAAUCCCUACCUGCUAUCUCCAACUGCAACAGUAGCGGCUGACCCCUUCUCCCGUGAGUCAGGAUUUCCAGGAGCCUCAACUGCUGUACCUGGGGAUACCCUCUUCCCUCUGCCCAGCCCCCUACCCACCAGUGGCACCUUUCCUCGUCUUCACUACAAUUCGCACUUUGAAGUACCUGAGGAGGGCCCCUUCCCAAGCCAUGCCCAGGCCACCAAGAUCAACCGGCUGCCAGCCAACCUCCUGGAUCAGUUUGAGAAACAGCUGCCUGUACAUCGUGAUGGCUUCAGUACUCUCCAGUUCCACCGGGCAGAGCCCCGGCCACGAGGGGAAAGUCCUGGGCGCAUCCGUCACCUGGUCCACUCAGUCCAGAAGCUCUUCUUUGCCAAGGCCCAGUCUCUGGAGGGUGGUGGCCUUAAGGGCGCUGGCAAUGGCCGGAAAGGUGGAGCUGGGGGUGGGGAGACCGGGAAGGGCCGGAGGGCCAAGGGCAAGGAUUCGACCAAGGCAGCGGAGCCCAAACGAAGGAGCCGCUCCAACAUCUCAGGCUGGUGGAGCUCAGAUGACAACCUGGAUAGUGGCAACAGUGGGGACUGUGGUUACCGGCCCCCGGCUGGGCUGAUGACACUGGGCCGGCAGCCGGAACGGGCACAGCCACGAUACUUUGUCUACAAUACCUUCAGCGAGCACAUGCUGAAAGCAGCCAAGAACAACAGUGAGCUCCCCCGAGCAGGAGGAGGAGGGGGAGGAGGGGCACCCCCACCUGCCAGCCUGCCUGCCAGCACAGACACUAGCUAUGGCAAACGCGGCUCCUGGUCCACUCUGACCCUCAGCCAUGCCCGAGAGGUCUGCCAGAAAGCUUCGGCCACCAUCGAUAAGGCCCUGCUGAAGUCCAAAUCUUGUCAUCAGGACCUGGCCUACCACUACCUACAGGUGCCCCCAAGUGAGUGGAACAGCUCCCUCUCCAGGACGGGUGCAGACAGUGAGAUUCCUUGCAGACGAAUGCGCAGUGGAAGCUACAUCAAGGCCAUGGGCGACGAGGACAGCGAGGAUUCGGACACCAGCCCCAAGCCAUCCCCCAAGACAGCUGCCCGGAGGCAGAGUUACCUCAAGGCCACCCAGCAGUCGCUGAGUGAGCAGAGCACCACCCACAGGAGCUUAGACCGCCUUGACUCCGUGGACAUGUUGCUACCCUCCAAGUUCCCGAGCUGGGAGGAGGAAUAUAAUCCUAUUGGCAAUAGCAUUACCGAGUCCAGCUGCAUCAAUCAGAUCUUUGGACAGGCCUCGUUUGUGCCUCAGAUAUUUUCCCAUGAGGAACAGGUCAGGGAGGCAGAGCUGAGUGACCAGUACGAGGCUGCCUGUAGUGAGGCUGAGUCCGCCACUGCCGAUGUGCUGGACCUGCCUCUCCCCAGCUACUUUCGCUCUCGGAGCCAUAGCUAUCUUCGGGCCAUCCAGGCGGGCUGCUCCCAGGAUGAGGACAGCAUCUCCCUCCAGUCCCUCUCCCCUCCGCCCACGGGCAGCAGCCUGAGCAGCAGCCGAACACUGCCCAGUUCAUCAUGCCUAGUGGCAUAUAAGAAGACACCGCCUCCUGUCCCUCCCCGGACCACAUCAAAGCCGUUCAUCUCGGUCACCGUUCAGAGCAGCACCGAGUCGGCCCAGGAUACCUACCUUGACAGCCAGGACCACAAGAGCGAGGUCAACAGCCAGUCUGGUCUGAGCAAUUCCUCUGACAGUUUAGACAGCACCCGGCCCCCCAGCGUGACACAGGGCAGUGGAGGAGGAGCUCAGGCCCGGGAGGCACCAGAACUACCCCAGAAAAAUGCAACUCUGAAGAACGACAAAGGAACGUUGACCAGUGAGGAGCCCAAAGCCGAGGCCGCCCCCAAAAGGAAACUUUCAUCUAUAGGAAUACAAGUUGACUGCAUUCAGCCAGUGCCAAAGGAAGAGCCACCUCCCGCUACCAAAUUCCAGUCCAUCGGGGUACAGGUAGAGGACGAGUGGCGAUACAGCGGAGCCUCUCACAGUAUGUCCUCCAAGCGGGACACUGACUCAGACACACAGGAGGCCAACGACUCCAGCUGUAAAUCCUCUGAGAGGAGCCUGUCUGACUGCCCACCACACCACAACUCCAUCAACAUCGACACCAGCCCCCGGCCCUCCGCCAAGGCCUCCCAGAUCAAGCGCAACCUCUCCUAUGGAGAUAACACUGACCCAGCCCUGGAAACUUCCUCACUUCCCCCACCUGACCCCUGGCUGGAGACUUCAUCCAGCUCUCCCCUGGAGCCUUCCCAACCUGGGGCCUGUCGGAGGGAUGGCUACUGGUUCCUGAAGCUGCUUCAGGCAGAGACAGAAAGGUUAGAAGGCUGGUGCUGUCAGAUGGAUAAGGAGGCCAAAGAGAACAAUCUCUCCGAAGAAGUCUUAGGGAAAGUCCUCAGUGCUGUUGGUAGUGCCCAGCUAUUGAUGUCUCAGAAAUUCCAGCAGUUCCGGGGUCUUUGUGACCAAAACUUGAACCCUGACUCCAACCCCAGGCCCACAGCCCAGGAUUUGGCUGGGUUUUGGGACCUGUUGCAGCUGUCCAUCGAAGACAUCAGUAUGAAGUUUGAUGAGUUGUACCAUCUUAAAGCAAACAGCUGGCAGCUGGCGGACCCCCCCGAGAAGAAGGAAGAGAAGAAACCUCCCCCUCCUGUGCCAAAGAAGCCGGCCAAGUCUCGAACAGCUCUGAACCGGGACAAGGCCUCGGACUCUGGGGACAGGCAGCGCCAGGAAGCCCGAAAGCGUCUCCUGGCCGCCAAGAGAGCCGCGUCCGUGCGGCAGAACUCCGCGACAGAGAGCGCGGACAGCAUUGAGAUCUAUGUCCCGGAGGCCCAGACCCGACUUUGAGCCAACAAAACGGAAAAGGGAAGGAACACAAGCAAUUUUUAAAUCAUUAAAGAGCAAAUGAAAUACUCCCACCCUUCAGUGUGAUUAUUCAGUCUAGAGACACUGGAGCCAACUUUAAAACAAAAAUUACCAAUUAAUGAAAGGGCUCGAAUUUGGCUUUUUUUUCCUCUUCCCCUUCUUCCCAGCUUUCAGUGAUGAAGAUUGAAACAGACAAGCAAACUACAGGACCGUCUUCUCUUUCUGAAGGCAGUAUUGCCAUGUGGACUGGACAGACAGACUCCUGCAGCUCCCACACCCAGGCUCCAGACUAUGGAUCUUUUUACCUGUUGUGUUUCAUGAGAAAUGAUUAGUUUUAUUUACAAGCUACAGAACAGAACAAGAAUCCUGAGCAGCCACUAUCGCCCCAGGCACACCCAUCUCUCUCUUCCCUCCCUCAUUCCUCAGUCUUUGUUUUUGACCUCUUCCUCUCAGCCCUGCCUCCCCCAAGACCUCCCCUGAGGUUAAGAGGCUCCCGCCUUCCUGGUGGGUUGGCAUCCUGGUGAGAGCCCUCCUUUCUGUCCCUCAGUAUUUUUUCUUUUCUUACCAUCAGGGCUGGGAAGGAAGGGGCAGGGACAAGAGGAUGGGGAGGGAUGAGUGGAUAUGCUGUGGCGGCCCCCACCCCACGCAUGGUCCUUGGUCUUUUGGUUAAUGGGAAGCAGCUUUCCAGGAGUGGAGAGCCGGAACAGAGUUCUUUCCCAGUUGCAGAGGGGCAUGGUGCAGUGGAAAGAGUGUUAUAGAUUUGAAGUCAGUGGACCUGGGUUCAAAUCUCAGCUCUGACACUUAUUACUUGAGUGACCUUAAACAAGUCACCUCACCUCUGGGCCUCAGCUGCCCUACCUGUAAAAAUAGAGAGAAUGGAUUGAAUCUGUUAGGUCUCUCAGUUCUCCAUCCUAUGAACCCUCCCCGAAGGCCAGGCCCUGCUUGGGAGGCUAAAGAAUGUACCGUCCACCUUCCUGCCCCCUUUCUUCAACCCUCCCCUUCCUUGGCAAAGGAAGCUAAUGCAGGAAAGGGGGAAAGCUGAUUGUGGUGGGGUGUACACUGAGCCAGCCACAGGUAUUACAGACAGAUGGAGUCCCCAGCGGGGAGGGACAGCUGGGGCUCCCGUCACGCCUGGUUGCGGACGUUGUGUGUACAUAUGCACAUAGACCCCUUCCCCUCCCCGUAGGAGUGGUAUAUUUUGCGCACAUAGACACACGCAUGUGCGCCCCCAUACACAUGUGCACAGGAGGCCUCAAGGCACCAAGUGGGACAUGGGUGUAUGAAGAGCAUCUAUUUUUACAUGUACAAUAUCUAGGCGUGUGUAAGAGUGAGUGUAAAAAUCCAUACCUUGGUGUUAGCAGCUUUUCCCCUUUGUAGCCCGUGCCUAGGGGGGGAAGGAGGGGCAGGCAGACAGGUGGACCCUUCCCAUUUCAGGUUUUCUAACUGAAGCCCCUCACAGUGGCACUGAACUGCCGGCACUCGAACGGAUCCCUGGGCUCCCCUGCUGGGAUGGACAGUGUCCGGUGGCUCCUUCAGCCCCUCAUCCCAGGAAAAAAAAAACCAGCCCAGGAGCCCGGAAUCGGGAGACCAUGUGCACUUGGUGCCCCCCCCCGCCAAUGCUGUAUACUAUGUAUAUGUCUAUAUGGCAUUGCAGGCUUCUCUGUGUAGGCCUCGUCACACGCAAUGAGCACUGGAAGGAGUCAGGAGGCCUGGGUUCCAACCCCCAGCUCUGCCACUUUCUGUGACCUUGGGCAAGUCACUCGACCUCUGUGUGCCUCUAAUUUCCUCCUCUGUACAAUGGGGAUAGUCCCCGCCCCUCCCUACCUCACAGGCAUGUUGUGAGAAUAAAUAGGGUCACGUGUA